AAUUUGAGGGGGACGGUUGUGAGGCAAAAAGCAGAGGAGAGAGAUUUCGCAGAAGCAGCCAUGAGCCCUCCGUGCCAAUCAUCAUCGAGUUCCCAUGGUGACAGGGCCUCUACUGAGACCCUGCAGAGGAACAACAGCAGCAACUCUGGUGUUAUUCUGGACAUCUCAGCUCUCAAGAUGGCGGACGUGGAUUCAGAGGUGCCUCCACUUCCACCUCGCUACCGCUUCAGGGACUUGCUGCUGGGGGACCAGACAUUUCAGAAUGAUGACAGGGUGCAGGUGGAGUUCUAUGUGAACGAAAACACCUUUAAGGAGAGGCUGAAGCUUUUCUUUAUCAAAAACCAAAGGUCAAGCCUGAGAAUCCGUCUGUUCAACUUCUCACUGAAAAUUCUCACCUGUGCCCUCUACAUACUGAGAGUCAGCCUCGAUGACCCCAAGGACAUCAAUGGCAACCCAUGCAGUGCACUAUGUCGGAACAACAGUUGGACAAAUGCGUCAGAGUCACCAGAAAUCAAGUGGGAGUUGAUUUUCUGGGUGAACAGACGGGUUUCUGUAUGGGCGAUACAGGUGACAGUGGCCUUUAUCAGUUUCUUGGAGACCAUGCUUAUUACAUAUCUCAGCUACAAGGGGAACAUUUGGGAGCAGAUCUUCCAAAUAUCCUUUAUACUGGAGAUGAUCAAUACAGUGCCAUUUAUAAUCACAAUCUUCUGGACUCCAUUGAGAAACAUAUUCGUCCCUGUAUUUCUUAACUGCUGGCUAGCCAAAGGUGCCCUGGAGAAUAUGAUCAAUGAUUUCCAUCGUGCCAUCCAAAGGACCCACUCUGCCAUGUUCAACCAGGUGUUCAUCCUCAUCUGCACCUUACUCUGUCUGGUUUUCACUGGAGCGUGUGGGAUCCAGCACCUAGAGAGAGCUGGGAAGAACCUGUCCUUGUUUGACUCCUUCUAUUUCUGCAUCGUCACUUUCUCCACUGUGGGCUAUGGGGACGUCACGCCACAGAUCUGGCCCUCCCAGCUGCUGGUGGUCAUUCUCAUCUGUGUUGCCCUGGUGGUCCUCCCACUGCAGUUUGAAGAACUAGCAUACCUCUGGAUGGAGAGCCAGAAGUUAGGGGGGAACUACAGCCGCCACCGGGCGCAGACAGAGAAGCAUGUGGUGUUGUGUGUCAGCUCGCUGAAGAUCGACCUGCUGAUGGAUUUCCUCAACGAGUUCUACGCUCACCCUAGACUACAGGACUAUUACGUGGUGAUUCUGUGUCCGACAGAGGUAGACAUUCAGGUUCGCCGUAUCCUCCAGAUCCCUCUGUGGUCUCAAAGGGUCAUCUACCUGCAAGGAUCUGCCCUCAAAGACCAGGACCUGAUGAGGGCCAAGAUGGAUGACGCUGAGGCCUGCUUCAUCCUGAGCAGCAGGAACGAAGUUGACCGAACUGCUGCUGAUCACCAAACUAUUUUGAGGGCCUGGGCCGCGAAGGACUUUGCUCCGAACUGUCCUCUCUACGUCCAAAUUCUCAAACCGGAAAAUAAAUUUCAUGUUAAGUUUGCUGAUCACGUAGUAUGCGAGGAGGAGUUCAAGUAUGCCAUGCUGGCGCUCAACUGCGUGUGUCCGGCCACAUCCACCUUAGUCACUCUCUUGGUUCACACCUCCAGAGGACAGGAGGGGCAGCUGUCACCGGAGCAGUGGCAGAAGAUGUAUGGACGCUGUUCGGGAAACGAGGUCUACCAUAUCCGCUUGUGUGACAGCAAGUUUUUUGGGGAGUACGAUGGAAAAAGCUUCACCUACGCUUCCUUCCAUGCCCAUAAGAAGUACGGCGUGUGUUUGAUCGGGGUGAAGCGGGAGGAGAACAAGAGCAUCCUCCUGAACCCCGGCCCCCGCCACAUCAUGGCUGCCACUGACACCUGCUACUAUAUCAACAUCACCAAGGAGGAGAACUCGGCCUUCAUCUUCAAACAAGAGGAGAAGCACAGCAGAGGUCUGCCCGUCACGGGCCUCUACGACGCCUCCUCCAGGCUGCCUGUGCACAGCAUCAUCGCCAGCAUGGGCACCGUGGCCAUAGAUCUCCAGAACCCCGACCCCCCCGAGGAAGGGAGCAAACUGACCUUGCCGACGGAGAACGGCGCUGGAAGCCGCAGGCCAAGCAUCGCACCCGUCCUGGAGAUCGCCGACUCCUCCGCCAUUCUGCCCUGCGACCUCCUCAGCGACCAAUCGGAGGAUGAGACCAACCAGUCGGAUGAGGAGGGCUCUGUAGGGUCAGAUUUUGUGAAGGGCUACCCUCCCAACUCGCCCUACAUCGGCAGCUCUCCAACUCUGUGCCACCUCCUACCACAGAAAGCUCCGUUCUGCUGCCUUCGCCUCGACAAGGGCUGCACACACAACAGCUUUGAGGAUGCCAAGGCCUAUGGCUUCAAGAAUAAGCUGAUUAUAGUGUCUGCAGAGACUGCGGGGAACGGUCUCUACAACUUCAUCGUCCCCCUGCGUGCCUACUAUCGGCCCAGGAAGGAGCUCAACCCCAUAGUGCUGCUGCUGGACUACCCGCCAGACAACCACUUCUUAGAGGCCAUUUGCUGCUUUCCAAUGGUUUACUUUAUGGCUGGCACUAUCGAUAACCUGGACAACCUGCUGCAGUGUGGUAUAAUCUACGCCGACAACUUGGUGGUUGUGGACAAAGAGAGCACCAUGAGCGCUGAGGAGGACUACAUGGCGGAUGCCAAGACCAUCGUCAACGUCCAGACUAUGUUCAGGUUGUUCCCCAGCCUCAGCAUCAUCACGGAGCUCACGCACCCGUCCAACAUGCGGUUCAUGCAGUUCAGAGCCAAGGACUGCUACUCGCUCGCUCUCUCCAAACUGGAGAAGAUAGAGCGUGAUAAGGGCUCCAACCUGGCCUUCAUGUUCCGGCUGCCGUUUGCGGCAGGCAGGGUGUUCAGUAUCAGCAUGUUGGAUACGCUGCUGUACCAGUCAUUCGUUAAGGACUACAUGAUCGCUAUUGCGAGGCUUCUUCUCGGUCUGGACACCACGCCUGGCUCUGGGUACCUGUGUGUCAUGAAGAUCACGGAGGAGGAUCUGUGGAUCAGGACCUACGGCAGACUCUUUCAGAAACUUUGUUCCUCCAGCGCCGAGAUCCCCAUAGGGAUCUACCGCACCGAGUCGCACAUGUUCUCAAGCUCAGAGUGCAAGGAAAGUUAUGCACAGUCUCAGGUGUCCAUCAAUGUGGAGCAGGGCGAGGAGCAUCGAGAGCGAGGAGAGUCCUGGAAGGAGAAGACGGCCCACAGGAACUCCACCACCAGCGACCAAUCGGAGCACCCGCUGCUGAGGAAGAAGAGCAUGCAGUGGGCGCGGCGCCUGAGCAGGAAGAGCACCAAGCCGUCGAGUCGAGCCGAGCGCAUCUCGCAGCAGAGGCUCAACCUGUACCGACGCUCUGAGCGACAGGAGCUGUCCGAGCUGGUCAAGAAUCGCAUGAAGCACCUGGGCCUGCCCACGGUGGGAUACGACGAGAUGAACGACCACCAGAACACGCUGUCCUACGUCCUCAUCAAUCCUCCUCCCGACACCAUGCUGGAGCUCAACGACAUUGUGUACAUUAUCCGGUCUGACCCGUUGGCACACGUGCCAGAGGACUCGCAGGUGGGGCAGGCACGCGGCGCCAGGAACCAGCAGGACUUUGGCACAGAGACGAGAGACGAGACUCACCUCUGAAACCCCCCUCAGUCCGUGACACCCCGACCCUUAACCUCUAAGCCCCGACGGGGGCCGGUGGCGCUUGUUUGACCCACGCAGAUAGAUGAGGGCUUGU